AUGGCAUUGUUGGUGGCUCAUGGGAAGUGCAAGGCACCUGUUGGUAAAUGCAUCAUCCACAGUCCUCUUCCUAUCCUUCACAAGUAUCACCAGCCUGGAGACCUCAGCAUUACUGGCAUUAUUUCUCAAGUCUACAGGUUUUCAGAUCCAAUAAGCUUUGCUAAACAUCCUUCUCAGGAACUGCUUGAUGUGCUUGUCCAUUUCAGUCCGAGCUGGACCUACCUGGCCUCAAUGGAACUUCUCUCCACGUGGGGCAGAUUCAUCCCUAACUACAAGUGUAGUUUUGAGAGCAUCCCAGUAGCGGCUAUUGGAGGACCUGACAUUUGUCUCCACAUGGCAAACAUACUGUGCAUCUACAAAAUUCCACAGCUCACAUAUGGUUCUGCCCCAGUCUGGAAUGAUGAAACCCAAGCUGUCUUCUUCCGACCACUAUUUCCAAAUGCUGUCCAUCAGCACAGGGGUAUUCUCCAGUUACUGCUGCAUUUUGGGUGGACGUGGAUUGGAGUUCUUUUUGUGAAUGAUGACAAUGGAGAGAGGUUUGUACAUGAUGUGCUUCCCACAUUUUCUCACCGGGGUAUCUGCUUUGACUUCAUAGAAAGAUUCCCAACAGUGACUUUUUACAGUGACUUUCUCAAUAUGAUUAAUGAAGCUGUUAACUUGUACAAUGUUGUCAUGGUGAGCACAGCUCAUGUAACAGUCUUAUAUGGCGAAAUUAAGACAAUGAGUGUUUUAAGAAUGUUUCUCCAGUUAUCCGAAGUAGAAGACAUACCAUGGAAACCAAAAAUUUGGAUUAUGACAGCCCAAAUGGACUUCACCUCUAUUUCCAUACAUAAACACUGGGAUAUAAAUGUUCUUCAUGGUGCUCUAUCACUUGCAAUUAGCUCGAAGGAUGUGUCAGGGUUUGAGGAAUUUCUUGAAACUAGAAGUCUUUCCACAGCAAAACAAGAUGGUUUCAUCAGAAACUUCUGGGAACAGGCAUUUGAUUGUGUCUUCCCCAAUUUUGAAGGAAAUAAACAGUCUGAAAAAACCUGCACAGGGGAGGAGAAGAUUAAGAAUCUUCCUACAUCUGUUUUUGAAACAAGCAUGACUGUUCUCAGUUAUAGCAUCUACAAUGCUGUUCAUGCUGUGGUGCAUGCUUUGCAGUCCAUGCAGGUGUCCAAACCCAAGCAACGGACAGCUGUGCAUGGAGGGAAGCCAAAGACUCAGAGUCACAAAGCUUGGCAGCUUCACCACUUUCUCAGAAGUGUCUGCUUCAACAACACUGCAGGGGAUAAGAUUUCCUUUGACAAGAAUGGGGAGUUGAUAGCUGGAUUUGAUGUUAUCAAUUGGAUCACAUUCCCCAACCAGUCCUUUCUCCGAGUCAAAGUUGGAGGAGUUGACCCCAGGUCUACCCCUGGCAAAUUCUUCAGGAUUUCUGAGGAUUCCAUCACCUGGCCUAGCAAUUUUAAUCGGCAACCCCUUUCUUUGUGUAAUAACAAGUGUGAUGAAGGCUUUAGCAGGAAAGGGAAGGAAGGAAAGCCGUUCUGCUGCUAUGAUUGCCUCCCAUGCCCAGAAGGGAAGAUUUCCAACCGGAAGGACAUGAAUGAAUGUUUCCAGUGCCCCAAAGACCAUUAUCCAAACCAACAUAAGAAAUCAUGCAUUCCCAAGGCCACAAGCUUCCUGUCUUAUGCAGAACCUCUGGGAACAAGUCUGGCCACUUUUGCUCUUUCCUUUUCUUUUCUCACAGCUUUGAUAAUCAGGAUCUUCUGCAAGCACAAACACACUCCCAUUGUCAAAGCCAACAACUGGACCCUCACCUUCACUCUUCUGGUUUCACUUCUGCUCUCCUUCCUUUGUGCUUUUCUCUUCAUUGGCCAGCCUAACAAGCUGACCUGUCUCCUUCGACAAACUGCUUUUGCCAUCAUCUUCUCAGUUGCCAUUUCUUGUGUGUUGGCAAAAACAAUUACUGUCAUCCUUGCCUUUAUGGCCACCAAGCCAGGAUCUAGAAUGAGGAAAUGGAUGGGGAAAGAGCUAGCUCUUUCCAUUGCCUUUUCCUGCUCUCUGGUUCAGACCAUUCUUUGUACAGCAUGGUUGUCCACUGCUCCCCCAUUCCCAGAUUUGGACACACAUUCCUUGAGUAAAGAAAUUAUAUUGGAAUGUAAUGAAGGUUCAGUCAUGUUGUUCUACUCUGUCCUGGGUUACAUGGGCUUCCUGGCCAUUGUCAGUUUCAUGGUGGCCUUCCUAGCCAGAAAGAUACCUGACAGUUUCAAUGAAGCUAAAUGUAUCACCUUCAGCAUGCUGGUCUUCUGCAGUGUUUGGCUGACCUUUUUCCCAACCUAUCUGAGCACAAGUGGAAAAUACAUGGUGGUUGUGGAGAUCUUCUCCAUCUUGGCAUCCAGUGCUGGAUUGCUGGUUUGCAUCUUUUCUCCCACAUGUUAUAUUAUUAUGUUGAGACCUGAACUGAACAGCAAGGAGCAGUUAAUGAAGAAACUAAAGUGA